AGCCCCCCCCUCCACCUUAACUGAGCUCGACUCCCCACACCUCCGUUCAAGCCCUCAUUCCAACAUUUUCCACACUUCCAGAACUACCCUUCACAUCCUCAGAACGCUCCACAGUUUAAACUGGUGAUGGUUUGAGUUGUGAACUUGUUAGCACAAAGUUCAAAGACUUCCCGGGGGCUCUGUUCCGGUCAUGGACUGCGUUGGGAUCGGAGCUCGGAACUUCACGGCAAUGGCGGUGUCGUUUUGCCCUGUUGGGAGAAGAGGGCUUCUCCCGAGUGGUAAAAAGGAAGGUUCUUUCUUUCGGUACGGUGCUUUGUGUAACAAGCAUUCUCUGCUUCGAGUCAGAGCAACCGCCGGAAGCGAGAGCUGUGUGGGUGUGGCUGUCAAGGAAGGGUUUGCUGAUGAGGAAGAUUACAUUAAGGGAGGUGGGUCGGAGUUGCUUUUUGUUCAAAUGCAGCGGAAUAAGGCCAUGGAGAAACAGUCUAAGCUCGCUGAUAAGCUACCGCCGAUAGGCGGUGAUGUAUUGGAUUUGGUGGUGAUUGGUUGCGGUCCGGCGGGUCUUGCUCUGGCUGCAGAGUCGGCGAAGUUGGGAUUGAAAGUUGGGCUGGUUGGCCCUGACCUGCCUUUCACUAAUAACUAUGGUGUUUGGGAAGAUGAAUUCAAAGACCUUGGACUAGAAGGGUGUAUAGAGCAUGUUUGGCAGGACACCAUUGUGUAUCUCGAUGAUGAGAGUGAACCGAUUUUGUUUGGUCGUGCCUAUGGACGUGUGUGUCGAAAUUUGCUCCAUGAGGAGCUUUUGAGAAGGUGUGUAGAGUCGGGAGUUACAUACCUUAGUUCAAGGGUGGAGAGUAUUGUUGAAGGUAGCAAUGGCCGAAGCCUUAUAGCAUGUGAGCAUGGUAUCGACAUCUCUUCUAGGCUUGCUACUGUUGCAUCAGGAGCUGCUUCAGGGAAGCUUUUGCAAUAUGAGGUGGGUGGUCCAAAGGUUUGUGUGCAGACAGCUUAUGGAGUGGAGGUUGAGGUGGAAAAUUAUCCAUAUGAUCCCAACUUGAUGGUUUUCAUGGAUUAUAGAGACUACUCAAAACAAAAGGUUUUAGGUUCGGAAGCAGAAUAUCCAACAUUUCUUUAUGCCAUGGCCAUGUCCGCAACAAGAAUAUUCUUUGAGGAAACUUGCUUGGCUUCAAAAGAUGCCAUGCCUUUUGAUCUACUGAAGAAAAAGCUUUUCUCAAGGUUACAAACUCUGGGAAUCCAUAUUGUAAAAACUUAUGAAGAGGAAUGGUCUUGGAUUCCUGUUGGGGGAUCAUUACCGAAUACAGAGCAAAAGAACUUGGCAUUUGGUGCUGCUGCCAGCAUGGUACAUCCUGCCACAGGGUAUUCAGUCGUGAGAUCUUUGUCAGAGGCUCCAAAAUAUGCUAGUGUAAUUGCAAAGAUUUUGAAGCAGGAUUACUCACAGACCAGUCUUAGCCGUCAAAUAAGUAAUCAGAAUAUCUCGAUGCAAGCUUGGAAUACCCUCUGGCCACCAGAAAGGAAACGCCAAAGAGCGUUCUUUUUAUUUGGACUAGCGCUCCUUGUGCAAAUGGACAUUGAGGGAAUGCGAACAUUCUUUGCUACGUUCUUCCGCUUACCUACUUGGAUGUGGCAGGGUUUUCUGGGGUCUUCUCUGUCCUCUGCUGAUCUCAUGCUCUUCGCCAUAUAUAUGUUUGUUAUAGCACCAAAUAGUUUGAGAAGUCGCCUUGUCAAACAUCUUUUAUCAGAUCCUACUGGAGCCACCAUGUUAAAAACCUAUCUCACAGUAAACUUGAAUUCCUUACCUGCAAGUUAGAACACAGUUUAGAUCAAUUGUGAGCCCAGCCACCCACUUCUUAGACGUUGCUUGUUUUUGUGUGUACAUACUAAGUACUUACUCAUUAUAGGUCAAUGGAGCAAAUUGAUAACGGGUCUCACCAUUUUGAGAGUUUGAGAGUUGAGAGAGAUGUGUUCACCAAUUUAGAAAAUAAAUGUGGUUAA